UCAUGUCCACGCGCCACACAGCGGAGGCGGAGGGACGGUUCUCGUGCACGUUGAUGUUUAUAUGAAUUAGCUGCAGACGGUUCAUCAUCCGCAUCAUCCGCACAUCUGGACUCUGAUCAGAAAUGUCUGUCACCGAGAUGUUCAGUUACAUUCAGGGCUUCCUGAGCGCCGACCAGGACGUCAGAGAGGAUAUCCGUAAGGUGGUCCAGAUACUGGAGCAGAAUGCCAGAGAAAUACUAACAGUGCUCCAAAGUGUUCACCAACCAUCUGGAUUCAAAGAAAUUCCCAGUAAAUGUGCCAGGGCGCGGGAGUUGUUCUGCACAGUCAGGACACAGCUUGCAGACCUCAAAACCAAAUUCCCUGUGGAGCAGUAUUACAGGUUCCAUGAACACUGGCGCUUUGUCCUGCAGCGCUUGGCUUUCUUAUCAGCCUUUGUUGUCUACCUGGAGAGUGAAACUCUUGUGACUCGAGAGGAAGUUGCCCAGAUACUCGGCAUUGAGGUGGUGCGAGAGAAAGGCUUUCACUUGGAUGUAGAGGACUACCUGGCAGGUGUGCUGAUCAUGGCUAGUGAACUGUCACGGUUGGCGGUGAACAGCGUCACAGCAGGAGACUACAGCCGGCCGCUCCGCAUCUCCAACUUCAUCAACGAGCUGGACUCAGGCUUCCGCCUGCUCAACCUGAAGAACGACCCGCUGCGAAAGCGCUACGACGGCCUCAAGUAUGACGUGAAGAAGAUUGAGGAGGUGGUUUACGACCUGUCCAUCCGCGGGCUGGCCAAGGAGCCCGAAUCUGGCGUGGACAAGUAGAGCUCGGAGGUGGUGAUAGGCUGUGGGAGACAGAGGAGGGCUGGGACCUCUCCACGGCUGCUGCACCUUACCCCACCUGGAAGGCAAGACCCAGGGAUCUACCUGAGGCCCUAGCAGCAGAUGGCAGACUGUGUGUGUGUGUGUGUGUGUGUGUGUGUGUGUGUGUGUGUGUGUGUGCG